AUGAGUGAUGAUGAUGAUGAUGACGUACCAAAUAAAAAGAAACCGAGACGACCAAAGACAAAAUCUGUCACCCAACCAACUUUAGGAAUAAAACAAGAUUUUGAAACUCUAAUUGAGAGGUUUGUUGCCAUGGAAACAGUUCGAUAUGAAAAUUUUGCAGAGAUUUGGAGAGAAAUGAAGCUGUCAUUGUUACAAAGUGGUAGACAAAAUCAGCAGGAAGCAAGAGAGUUUUUAGAAGAGGUGUUUGAUAUAGCCAUAUGUUAUUACCUACCACCCUUUAAUUUCCAAGUUCGUACUUGUGGUUUAUAUUUAAUGUAUGGUCUUUACAAUACUCAAUAUUCUAUUCCACCAGUUAAGUUCCGUGUUACCAUGGAUAUGUGGAAAGAUUUGACAGAUUAUCAAAACGAGGCUCACAGUCAGCAACAUUACGAUAUAGACUUUGUUUUCCAGUACCUCCGAUCAGCCAAUGCUUUUAGUUUUGUUUUCAGCAGGAAAGAGAUGAGGUUAAGAGCAACUAAUUCUGGUUUAAGUAGUUAUUAUCAACAAGAUUUGGGUCCUAUGGAACAGUCUAAUAUUGUCAAUAUAGUUUCUACUGAUGAUUUAAGGCAAUUGACAGCAGUGGAUUACCAAUAUCAGCAGUUAAAAAUAGCUCUAGCAGGGCCUGGUGCUAAAAAACCUGACGUCUCUUUGGCUGUGAUACAGGAAAACAUUGUAGACUCUAUUACCAAUUCAAUAAAGCAACACCAAGAAAAAGUGAAGAAACUGAUUUCUAAGACCAAAGCUCAAAUGAGUGAUUCAAACAGUGAAGAAAUGUCCCAGUCCACACAAGAUGAUGAAGAUGAAACUACAGGAUCUAGAAGAGCAAAAUUACGAGCCAAGGCUUUUGGCAGUGGCAAAACAUCAAAAAGACGGAGUCAUAGGAAAUCAGCAAAUCAAACUCAACUGACAGAACUAAAAGGGCAGACAACUGCUAAUACAGACGAUAAAACAGCUAGUAAGAAUUUCAUUCAUUAG